AUGGAAUUUUUUUCAAUCAAUAUAAUAUCAGUAUAUUAUAUACCAUCAAUUAUUUUGCAACCUGAUGCUUUUACUCCAAUCUAUAAUGAUUUAGUUAUGGAUAAUCUUUUUCCUGACACAUUGCCACCAAAUAUUAUACCAUCGCAAACUGAUCUUUAUAAUCCAGCUGAUAAUGCAAUUCCAAGUCCGCCUUUAGAAGAUAGUGUUAAUGGUUGGCCAUCAUCACAUCCUUCCACCGGUCAACAAAAUCUUUAUGGUACCGCUCCUGGUUUUCCACCAAUAACAAAUGACUCUAAUUCGUCGUCAUCAUCACAAUACCUCGAUCCUAUCGAUCCUUUCAAUAUGUCAGUUUAUAUGAAUAGUGAGGAUUCUAACCUUUUAAAUAAUACUCACCGAAUGGUAAAUUUACAGCGAUCACCUCAUGAUAAGAAGAUAGAGGCACUUGGUAUUGAUAGCAAAAUUAAGAUUGAAGCACCUCAUACUACUACCAACAACAAUAAAGAUAAUAUUAUUAAAGUCGAAUGUAUUGAAAAUAGUGAUAAUGAUGUUGGAAAUGGGUUUACGGAUAUAAUGAUUGGAAAGGCCGGUUUGAAUGAUGUUGGUGAUUUAAUUAAUGGUAUUGCAAGCUUGAAUUUGAAUAGAGAAGAAGUAACGAAAACCACCACCACAUCAAUCACAACUGCAGCGCCUACAAUUGAUGAUGAAAAAUUAAAACAAUAUGCCAAAUUGAUCGAUGCUAUUCAUAAGAAAGUUAAUCUUAUGUUUAAGAAAUCAUAUCUCGAACAAAUCAACAACAAUAAUAGUAAUAGUGGUGACAAGGAUAAUGAUGCAUUGAUACUAUUGAAUAAUCAAGUUAAAUAUCAACAAAAUUUGACGGUGAAUUAG